AUGAUGAUUGCAGCGCCUACCGACCUGCCCCCACCGCCACCAUCUGCAGAUCCUCGUGAGCCCUCACCUACAACCACCCGAGGUCGGACGAUACGGACACCUCAACGACCCAGAUCACCCAUGGCGUCCAGAGGUGCUUCACCGACUAGAAUGUCCUCUCCUACGCCCACUGGCCAACACUCACCAUCUCCUGGAGAUGUGACACACGAUCACCCUCCGAUUGGUUUGGCCCAGCCGGUCCCUCGGCCUCUAGGAACUUCUCCGCCUCCCAUCGCGUACACAGGGCAUGGCUCAUCUCCACCGGGGAUGACAGGCUCUGGAUCACCCAGUGUCAAUCCCAUCUCUAGCCCGCAACACCAUCAACAACAUCACCAUCACCAUCACCAUCACGCCCAUCAUGUCCCGCCUUACCGAUCCAGACCCUCUUCGCCAUCUGCUUCUUCCAUCCACUCGUCGACCUCGGCAAUCUUUGAGAGAGAUAUUGAGCUACCAGCCGUAGCCUCGCUCUCGCUGAAUCCGAACCAGACCCAGACUCACACCCUCAGUCACAAAUCUUCUCGUUUAUCGCACCUUUCGCAAGCUUCCGCACUGGAUCAUUCUGUUCCUGCUGUUCUCCAGGAUGCUGUGGAAGCCUUGCACACGGAAGAGAACGAAUCGCCCGCGAACGGGAUUCAAGGUCUAGAAAUCGAAGCUCCGGUUCCCAUCGCAGCCAUCAACAUGGCCAGACAGUCGUCCACUUCUAUACCCAGAAAGGCGUCAACACAAAGCGGAGUAGCUGCACUGCAUCAUUCUCGAAGCCCCAGUCCAGUCAGUAUGCACUCUGGCGCAUCGGGAGCAGCUAGUCCUACGAGGUCGCCUCCAAUCCUGGCUCAGCUCGCCACACAGCAUUCAAGCGGAAGCAUGAUGGGUCAUCUCGACGGAGGUGUAUCACCUACGAGUGGUGGCAGUGGUGUUUCCGCUGCAGGCGUCGGUCGACCAGGUCUCUCAACGAGAAUCAGCUCGGGUCCCGAGGGACCAUCCGGCGGGUCGAACGGCGGUCACGAUGGCGAGGGAACGGAUCCAUCAAGUCCGCCGGCUCGCCCAGAAGAACUCACAUCAGCCGCCGCCGCUGCUGCAGCUACUGCGAAAGCAGACGAUCUCGGUUCGUUCACUCCAACCCCGCCCGUCGGCCACAGUGUAUCGUCUUUCCUACCCCAUAAUCAUCUCGGUAACACCGCCAACAAGGAUAAGAGGCGGAUAUCUUACAUCUCGUACAACGAUCUUUUGCUCUCCGUCCCUACUACAGUAACGCCUCUGGCAGACAUCACCAGUGGCAACUUGUCCCCUGACCAUCUUCCCGGAACCAUUUCUCCUUCCGUGUCGGCUCUCUCGCCCGGCCUCGGCGCAUCUGUCAGUGGAGGCAUCGCCGGUGCGGCGACAGUCUCGCCAUCUCAGACUCCGACGCCAGGCACAGGCAACUUGGGCACGUUGGGAUCAUCGACAGGGUCUAUCCAUACUGGAGUGCAUGAAACUGGUGUUUUGGGAGAAUCUCGAAUGUCAGGGUCAUGGGACGCCGGUACCCCUGGAUCCAGGAUGGGUUUGGGACUAGGCGAUGGAGAAUGGGGUCGUCAAGGUCUCGGUGGAGGGUUGGAACAGAGAUUGGAAGGGUACGCGAGCGAAGAGUCAAAGGUCUAG